CAAAAGGUCAGACUCGUCCACCAUCAGUGGGCGUCUUCGAGCUCGCCAUGAAGCUCUCCAAUCAGUCAGAGGUACCCGUCUAUACAAUCUCCGGGUCGAAUACAGCUCGACCGCUUCCAGAGUGGCUUGCAAGACGUCGGAAGCGCAGUCUGAAAAACGACCCGGAGUAUGCGAAUCGGGUCGAACUCCUGCAGGAUUUUGAAUUCGAGGAGGCAAGCCAGUGCAUCCGUGUCAGCGAGGAUGGUGAAUGGGUUAUGAGUACAGGAACAUACAAACCUCAAAUACAUACACAUUACUUGCCGCAACUAUCUCUUUCCUGGGCUCGUCAUACGGUAGCGCUCAAUACGACGUUUCUCCUACUAUCCUCAGAUUAUACGAAGUCCCUUCAUUUGCAGUCCGAUCGGUCUCUCGAGUUCCACACACCUCAAGGAUGUCACUAUACGACAAGGCUUCCCAGAUAUGGGCGGGAUCUGGUCUACGAUAGGCAAUCGACUGAGGCAUUGGUUCCCGCAGUUGGAGUAAACCAAGAUGGUAUGGGUGAAGUAUUUCGGCUAAAUCUUGAGUUGGGUCGAUAUAUGCGAAGCUACGAGGUCGAUGUUGGUGGCGAUGAUUUCACAUCUGCCGGUGGAGGAUCCUUGCAGGGAGGAGUCAAUACUGGAGCUGUAAACACGGGUGCCAUUGCGGAAGAGAGUCACAAUCUUCUUGCUUUUGGAACGACAGUGGGGACGGUGGAACUCUGGGAUCCCAGAGCAAAAGGAAGGGCUGGAAUAUUGCUGCCGCCGACACAAUCUUCCCCGGGUGACGCGCGCUCUGAAAUAACGGCUUUAGAGUUCCAUCGUUCCGGAUUGACUAUGGGAACUGGGUCUUCCAACGGCUUAAUACAUCUCUACGAUCUUCGAUCUCCAGUUCCUCUGCUUAAAAAGGAUCAAGGAUAUGGUUUCCCUAUUCACACGUUGAAAUUCCUUCAGCCAUCGUCUGCUACUCGUGAGCAGACGAUGGAACCCAAGAUCCUAUCAUCUGACAAGAGGAUCAUCAAGAUAUGGGAUCCGCGAGACGGCAGUCCCUGGACAUCUGUCGAGCCUGCUGUGGAUAUCAACUCGGUUGCAUGGUGCAGAGACAGUGGAAUGAUCUUGACCGCCAACGAAGGCCGUCAGCAGCACGCCUUUUUCAUACCCCAGCUUGGACCUGCACCCAAGUGGUGCUCGUUCUUGGACAACAUAGUUGAAGAGAUGGCAGACGAUCCAAACGACCCCCAUGCAUUUAGCACCGGUCAAGCUGGCACUGUCUACGAUAAUUACAAAUUCUUGACGGUUCCCCAGUUGCGCACAUUGAAUCUGGAUCACUUAAUCGGCCGGACGAAUCUUUUACGACCAUACAUGCAUGGAUACUUUGUGGCUCAACGCCUGUAUGAAGAAGCACGACUCAUCACCAACCCAUACAUCUGGGAAGAAGAGCGUGCAAAGAGAGUCAAGGAGAAGAUUGACAAGGAACGCGAGAGCCGGAUUCGUGGCAAGAAGAAGGCCGCAGUCAAGGUCAACAAGAAACUGGCCGAGAAGCUUAUGGCAAUGGAAGAGAAGAAUGAACGCCGUAAGGCGCAGCGGGUUCUCAAACAUGGUGGUGAUGAGAAUAUGGCAGAUGCCCCUGCUGCUGCUGCUGAUACUCCUGCUAUACAAGAAGAGCCUGCUAGGAAGGGUAUUCUGGGCGACAAACGUUUCGCUAGGCUAUUCGAGGACGAGGAGUUCGCUAUCGACGAGAAUUCUAGAGAAUUCCAAUUGCUUAAUCCCAGCACGGCCCCAGAGCCGGCUGAAAGAAAAGAGCGCGGUCUUACAGCAGUCGAACAGGAAGAGAUCGACGAGGUUCCCGGCUCUGACUCCGACUCCAACUCUGACGAAUCCGAGUCUGAAAGCGAACAAGAACGACCCGCGAAGUCAACCUCUAACAACAGGAUAUCAACAGCUUCUUAUAAACGUACGAACCGACCUCCGCCGCAGAUGCACGUGUCUUCUUCUAUAACUGCUAGUUCAGCCCGCGAUCGCUCCUUUGGGUCACGCGCUCAGAAGAUGCAGACCAAGCAUAAACCAUCCCGACGUGGUGGCGUGGUUGGAGAGAAAGAAGUCACCUUCGUUCCCCAGGCGAAGUCGAAACGAUCCGGACAGAGCAGCAAUGGCCCGGAUCACUCUAGAUCUGCUCCCAAUUUCCGCACAAAGGAAAGAAGAAGUGCUUCCGGUAAUACGUUCCGAAGAAUGUAGCUUCUGGCGAAUUUUAUCACGAACGAUCGGAGCGGCAGAGCAUUGGAAGAAAGAUAUGUUUCCAAUUCCAAUUUUCCCUAGCCUUGUCACAGGGGUGUAUCAUGAAUACGUUGCAACAGCGCUCAGAAAGGAUACCUUUAUCCAGCUUGCGAAAAUUACAUGCAAGAGCCAGCUCGCUCGCCCGCUACCUGGGGUAGACCGUGCAAGAGCGUCGAUUGUAAUGUUAUGACACAACCACGAUUCCGACGACAUGAAAUGAAGAUCCCCUUUCCAUCACGAUAUACGAUAUAUAUUUCAAACCUCCCCCAUAUCGACGUGAAUGGAAGUUCUUCUUAACUAGCGCCUCUCAGAAUCCCCUCCUCAAAGGAAAGCGAUCGAUGCUAGCAGCCAUGGUCAACCCCAGUUUCUGUUCUUGGAUUAUCAUCCUCUUCUGUCCCCAACUGUAUGCCACCGACGAAACCGCAGUAUCCGUCCAAUCCAAAGAAAACAAAAAAAGAUAGAACAUAAUAUUCGAGACGUUAGAUUAUUUUCACACGUUGCUUUUUUCACGCUUAGGGGGUUCUUGGGUGUUGGCAACAUCUUCUUAUGUUUAUUUAACUGGCAAGUAACUGUAAAUACCCACCCGGAAAAGUUCUUUCUAUAUUUCUCGGUUCUUUCCUCGUAUAUGGACAGAAAAACAAUAAGGAAUAAGGCUUGAGAAACACCCCAGUCUACUUAGUAUAAAUAUACCGUUUUGGGAAUUGCAAAAUAGUAGUUUGUUACCAGUGAUAUCUAAUAUCUACGGACUCUGCUCAAAGC